AUGACGUUUAACCCAGCUGCAGCUGCAGCCUUUUCUCAGGCUCAGCUUCUGGCGGCAACUCAACAACAUCGUCCAGACGCCGAUGCAUCUGCUUCUGCUGAUGCUUUAAAUCAUUACUUGGCUAAUGCCAGAGGAUUAUUCUCAGCCAAUGGUCAAUUUCCUUUUAAUGCCGUUCAAAACAGUAUGGAAACAAUGAAUUCAUUAAUGUCUGCUGGAAUGGGAGCUGCUGCUCUUCCAGUCAUGUCAUAUCCGCCAAUUGCAAUUCAACGAAUUCAAGAAUAUCAUAAUUCUCUUCAAUCUGCUUCCGCCGGUAAUAAUCAGGCUGCUGCUGCUGCUGCAGCAGGCGGACCAUUCCCAAACAUCAUAUUCGAUGGUACAAUGGGAUUCCAUCCUUAUGGCAUGGAUACAACCAGAAGAAAGAAUGCAACUCGCGAGACCACAUUGCCAUUAAAGAAUUGGCUUAAUAAGCAUUGGAAGAAUCCUUAUCCAUCCAAAGGAGAGAAGCUCAUGUUGGCCGUCUUAACAAAAAUGUCUUUGACACAGGUAUCAACAUGGUUUGCUAAUGCUCGUAGAAGACUGAAGAAGGAAAAGAAAUGGAGUCCACCCAAUCGACGAGCUGAUGAUGGAGAUGAUGAUGAUUUGGCUGAUAACUUGGAUCGUCCAUCAAGCUCCAAUUCAAAUGAAUCAGAUGAUGUUAAAGAUGAAUUGGAUGAAGGAAUGGAUACAAAUGAUAAUCGAUUAAAACAAUUAAAUCGAAGUCAUGGAGGAGGUGAUGAUAGCGCGACACCCAUCAAACGACCCAUCUGGAGCAUUGCCGAGACAAUUCAUACGCCACCGAAUAUUGAUAAAUCCGAAUCACAUAAGCCAUUGAAUAGUGAAAGUGAAGCUAAGCUAAAGGAAGAAGCAUCUGCAGAUGCAAGCAGUACAGCUUUCAACUUGGCACAGAAUAUGUUACAAUUUUAUCCUUCCGGUCUAUCAUCUCAACAAUUAUUAGCAGUUUAUCAACGAAUGAUGACACCUCAAGCUCCUGCUUCAUUUCCACAAAAUAUUUGUGGAUUUAAUCCAAUGCUCUUAGCAGCAUUCAAUCAACCCGGUUCAGCUAUGGCUUUAUCAGCUGAUACAGCAUCUUCAACAGCUUCAUCCAAACAAAAUGGAUUAUCAUCUGUUAGCCCAACAUCAUCAACAGCUUCACAAGAUCCAACAAAGCUAACAAAUCCAUCGUCCGAAGAUGAGAAAUCCUCAGCCACGCCGACAUCUGCCGUUGGCACAACAACACCUCUUUCAACUCCACAAAAAUCUCCAUCACGUUCACCUACACCCUCAUCAACUAAUUAA